GAUUAUGUUGUUACCAACUUUAUUAAUUCUUCUGUUUUAAGAUACCUAGAUCAUAUUAUUUUGAUAUUACUGCCAACAUAAAAAUGUAAAACACAGCGGCAAACAGCUUUACAACAUACAUGAAAAUAUCGAGUUUUGUUUACGACUGAUAAUUUGACAGUUGUGUGAAAUUUAUUAAAAUAUUGUGAAAUAUGGAAGACAAGCCGCUAAAGGAGCUAUCCGUAGAAAACACAGAUGUCAACCAAGAUGAAUUGAUACUUCAACAACAGAGACGAAUUGAGAAGGAGAUUUCAGAAUCUAUAGCUUUAGUUAGUGAAAAGGAAUCAUUGAAGAGCUUAGAACAAGAAUAUAAAGAAGACGAAAUAUAUCUUUCAAAGGCAAAAGCUUUAGCGCAAAAAUACUCCUGCAUUAGAAGAACAAGACCCGAUGGUAACUGUUUCUUCAGAGCAUUUAGUUAUGCUUAUUUGGAAAAGUUAAUUGAGAAUAAGGAAGAAUAUGAUAAGUUUCGAGACUUAGCUUUAAAAAGUAAGGAUAACCUUGUAGCUCUAGGUUUUCCUCAAUUUACAGUUGAAGACUUUCAUGAUACAUUUAUGGAAGUUAUUGACAAAGUAGGGGGUGAUGAUACAGAGUCCAGUCAUAUGGAGCUGCACAAAUUGUUCAAUGAGCAAGGUUAUUCUGAUUAUGUUGUUGUAUAUCUUAGAUUGAUUACAUCUGGUCAGUUACAACGUGAUGCUGACUUCUAUCAACAUUUUAUUGAAGGAGAACGCACUAUCACUGAAUUCUGUCAUCAGGAAGUUGAACCAAUGUACAAAGAAUCUGACCAUAUUCAUAUUAUAGCAAUGAGCAGUGCAUUAGGAACUGGUGUCAGAGUUCGAUAUAUGGAUAGAGGUGCAGGAACUGAAGUAACUGCCCAUGACUUUCCUGAAGGUGCCAUACCAGCAGUGCACUUAUUAUAUCGUCCUGGCCAUUAUGAUAUUCUUUAUCCUUGAUAAAUUUGACAUUACACAGAUUUUUCUCAUAUUAUUUUCUACAAAAUAAACCUCUUACCAAACUAUUUUUAUCUAAUAUAGAAACAAUUCGUAGUGAUUAAAUUUAGUUUUAUUUUUCUCAAAAAUAUUUGCAUUUAUUACAUAUAAUGCAAGAUGUC